ACCAUUUUACUUGAAACCGCUUCGCUCGUUCCUCUCGCUGGAGCUACGUACGCACCUCUCCCUGUUCCCGUGCUCCUUCGGCACACGAUUAGGAUCUGACUGUCGCGAUCUUUGUUCACGCCUUGUUGACUUGGUUGUCGUACACAUAAAUAGCUCUUGAGCUGUACACGUUUGCAUAUCGGAGUUAAAAAGUUCUUUGCUUCUUCUUCAUACGUAUUCAUUCUUCUCUCGUUUCCUCUGCUUAUCCCUCAGCUCUCUCCUGUUGCAGCGCGAUAUCUUGAAGUUGAAGAUAUCUAGAAUUGUGGACGCAUGCCAGAAUUCAACUAUUUAUGGAGAAACCAUCAGGCCCAAGCUCAAGCCCAAAGGCCCGCAGCCCAUCGACUACAUUCGUAGAAACGGAUCCAACUACCUUCAAAGAGCUCGUCCAAAGACUUACUGGGCCGAAUUAUCGAUCUUCAGCCAAAACCAGUCCAAGCACCUCGUCCACAGCUCUAAAGCCCGCUAGUGUCAAAAGGCCCACAUUCAAGCUUCAGGACAGAAGACAGGGCCGACGACAGAAGCUUACUAUCAUAAGGCCCAACACACCUGUGGUUCCCCUAAUGGGCUUCACAUUGUCUAGCCCAUCCGGCCAUCAUUCAACAUUGAUUUCCCCUUCGGCUUACAUAUCGGGCCUGAAGUUAAGCGAUGAGAAGUGCAAGAAAGCGUCAAGUUUGGGCUCGGACGAGGAGGCAGAGGAGAAGGCUAUUAGGGAGAGAAGGUUUUACUUGCACCGCUCACCUACGGCCUCUAGGCCAAAUAGUUCUGAGCCCGAGUUGUUGACACUGUUUCCACUCACCUCUCCGUCAUCAAAGCCUGUUGGGCCUUAGGCGGUGGCCUUUUUGCUUCUGUUUCUUGAUCACCAUUGAUAUUCAAUUUCCUAUGUGCGCUUGUACUUGUA